ACAAUCACAGGCUUCACAACCGAGUUUAAGUUGACUUCAGGCGACAUUCCGCCUCCUUUGGUAGGAGUAUCAACAACAGUUGUUGAUAGCAAAUUAUACGUAUUUGGUGGAAGAUUAGUCUCGUCUCGACAAAUGACCAAUCACCUUUACAUUUUAGAUCUUGAUGCACUUGUUUGGACCAGACAUAUUGCCGAACCAGAUUCCCCUCCACCACCGCGACCAAGAUAUUUUCAUUCAACUAACCACUAUGGAAAGUAUUUGGUUGUCUUUGGAGGUAUGAGCUAUUCGACGAAACGUUCCUCUCAAAGCUUGUGUGCACUUGACGAUAUCUGUCUAUUUGACCUCGACUUGAUGGUUUGGAAAUAUCCUGAAGUACAGCCUAGCCUUUAUACACCUCAGGCACGGUAUGCACAUCUAUCUGUUUUCGCCGAGGAUAAAUUAGUUAUCAUUGGAGGUCAGGAUAUGUCAAAUCAGUACAUCAAUGAAAUCAACGUAUACUGCAUGACAACCUGUAGUUGGAUCAGUGGAGGGCCAGUCUCAAAGCAAUACGGCGCCUAUAGAUCCGUCGCAUUCUAUCCAUCAAAUAUACACAGAAACUCUAUGCCUGCUUCACCAUUUUGGGCGGAUGACAGCGACAGUGAUACUCCAGUUGUUUGUAUUUAUUCAAAUUACAACUUUACCGAUGUUACUAGAGAUCUUGAGAGCUUUUCAGCAAUACCACCCGCUGCCGAAUUUAAGAACCAUUCAGCCGAAAUGUCUGGGUUUUCACUACCCCCAGGCCUAAGAUUCCCCUCUGGACAUGUUUUAGGGCAUCACAUGAUAUUGACAGGAACUUAUCUUACGCCAACGUAUAAAGCAUUCAACAUCUGGGCGCUAAAUCUAGCAAAUCUAGUAUGGGUCAAAAUUGAUCCUGGCUCAGUGCUGGCUCAGGGUUCAUGGAAUAAGGGCGUCCUAUACGAAAAGAAGAAGCAGUUUGUCAUCCUUGGUGAUAGGGGUCGCGAUUUACUGGAGGAUUACAGUCACCGUCAGACCAAUUUUAACCACGUUGCCGUUAUGGACCUAGAAGCAUUUGGUAUCUACACAUUUCCUGAGGAAACAUGUGCACCGGUUGCUCAAGAACUCGGGUUAAGUAUGCUAAGCGAACCAAGCAUGGCAGAUAUGGAAAUCAUCACAGAAGACAAUCGCUCUAUUCCAGUCAAUUCGAACGUUAUGUUGCUAAGAUGGCCACACUUUACUGAGGUGUUAGCAGAGAAACAGCAUGCUGCCUCAGGCUUUAAGCGCUUACUGUUUCCGGAAAGCUAUCCUGUUACGUUGGCCUUUUUGCAGUUUAUAUACACCGAUCACUUGGUGACAGCUCAGCAAUACCAACCUCAGAUUCUUGUUCGCCUUUUGCUACUUUCCGAAAUCUACAACAUACCACGUCUUGGUGAGCUUUCAACACAUGCUUUACACCAAGCCUUGACGAUCAACACAGCUAGCAUGAUUUAUGAAGCAGCUGUCCUAACAGGCAAAACGGCACUUCAAAUACGCGCCUUGCGUGUUUUGUUUAACACCAAAAAGAAG